ACUGAAUAAUAGUUUCUCUCUGUCGCAACAUACUACUCUUUUUACUCUCCUAUCUGUUAGGAUUAUCUGAUAUCAGAAAAAACUAUAAUGAGUGCUUAUUUUCUGAAAACAUGCUAUUUUCUUCUUCUGUUUUCUUUGCUUGCCUCAGGAAUUACUGCGACAUUCAACAACUCAAGUGAAAGUGGUGAAGCAAAGUGCAUAGAGAGUGAGAGACAAGCACUCCUGAGCUUCAAAGAAGGCCUCAUAGAUGACUUUGGCAUGUUGUCCACUUGGACCAAUAAUACUGAUUGCUGCAAAUGGAAACGCAUUCUCUGCAAUCAUCAAACUGGUCAUGUACAACUACUUGAUCUUCAUGGAAACUUCUACACUAGACCGUAUUUCAGAGGCGCAAUCAUCAACGUGACUUCAUUGAUUCACUUGCCAUAUAUUCAACAUCUGGAUCUCAGCAAUAAUCUUUUUGAACUGAGUUACAUCCCAGAGUUCACCAUCUCCUUCUCCAACUUAAGAUAUCUCGAUCUCUCCCAUUCUGAUUUUGCCGGUAGGAUUCCUUCUACACUUGGAAAUCUCUCACAACUACGUUAUCUAGAUCUUGGGGAUAAUUAUCUUUGGGGAGAAAUUCCUACUCAGAUUGGGAAUCUGGAACACUUACAGUAUCUUGAUCUUGGAUUAUUUUAUCUUUCCGGAAAAAUCCCAUCUCAAAUUGGGAAUCUCAGCAAGCUACAAUAUCUCAGUGUUGGAUGUAACACUCCUGUAUAUAAAUCCACAUCAUCAAACUACAUUUCAAAUUCCCUUUCUGGAGAAAUCCCUUUUCGCAAAGGGAAUCUUCCAUUGUUGCAUACUCUCCGAAUAGUUGGCAAUUUUGAUAUAAAAGCUAAGGAUGCACAAUGGCUGUCUACUCUUCGUUCCUUAACAAUUCUUGAGUUGAGUUCAUUAAACAGUCUUGGUUCCUCUCAUCAGUGGCUACCAACUAUCAGUAAAAUCAUUCCAAACUUAAGAGAGAUGAGGCUAGUUGAUUCUAAUCUUUUGGAUAUUGAUAUUCAAUUGUUGUUCCAAUCCCAUUCUUUCAACAAGUCCACCGCUCUUACUGUGCUAGAUCUCUCUUCUAAUAUGUUGACAUCAUCAACACUUCAACUAAUGUUUAACUUUAGCCUUCAUCUUCAAGAGCUUUAUCUUUCUCACAAUAAUAUAUCUUUGUCACCUUCUCUAUGUCCAAAUUUUCAAUCCCUUAAGAUCCUUGAUCUCUCUUAUAAUACUCUAACAUCAUCGAUGUUUCGGGGGAAUUUUAAUAUCAGCUCCAAAAUGAAAGAACUUCAUCUUGUAAACUGCAGUAUUACAGAUAGAAGUUUCCUGGUUUCUUCUACUUCUACUUCUGCAAGGAGUUCUUUGUCCUCUCUUCUCUACCUUGAUCUCUCUGAUAACCUAUUAAAAUCAUGUCCUAUAUUUCAUUGGCUUUCUAAUUUUACCACAAAUCUUCGUACCCUUCGCCUUGGUUAUAAUUUCUUGGAAGGUCCCAUUCCAGAUGAAUUUGGGAAAGUGAUGAACUCUCUUGAAUAUCUCUCUCUCCCCAAUAAUAAACUCAAGGGCAAGGUUCCGUCUUUCUUUAGGAUCAUGUGCAGAUUACAACGCUUAGACCUCUCAAAUAACAAGUUCGAGGGCGAAUUUCCAAGCUUUAUUCAAAAUUCUUCAUGGUGCACCAGACACACAUUAAGCAGAUUGAACAUAUCUUAUAACCAAAUUACAGGCAAGAUACCCGAGAGCAUCCGACUGCUGUCAGAGUUGGAGAUUUUAUCGUUGGCAGAGAAUUCUUUAGAGGGUGAUGUCACUGAAUCUCAUCUUUCUAAUCUUUCAAAAUUAUUUUACUUAGACUUGUCAUAUAACUCGUUGUCUCUAAAAUUUGAUUCCAAAUGGGUUCCUGCUUUUCAAUUAAAUUACUUGCGUCUUGCAUCUUGCAAGCUAGGUCCGAAUUUUCCUAGUUGGAUCCAGACUCAAAAUUCCUUAAUCCAUCUAGAUAUAUCUGAUAAUGAGCUGAAUGAUUUAGUACCAAAAUGGAUUUGGAACAAGUUGCAAAUUAUGUACACUUUGAAUAUGUCUCACAAUAAUCUCAUUGGUUCAAUCCCUAAUAUGAAAUUGAAGCUUCCUUUCAGACCAUCUAUAAUUUUAAAUUCAAAUAAAUUUGAGGGAAAAGUUCCAUUAUUUUUGUUAGAUGCUUCCGAGUUAUUACUCUCUGAAAAUAAAUUUUCAGAUUUCUUUUGUGGAAACAAUGCUGCUGCAAAUUUGGCCACUUUGGAUUUAUCAUACAAUAAAAUUAAGGGUAAACUUCCCGAUUGUUGGAAAUUUGUAGAUCGAUUGUUGUUUCUUGAUUUAAGCAGCAAUGAAUUGUCAGGGAAGAUUCCUAAUUCCAUGGGCACCCUUGUUAAAUUGGAAGCUUUGGUUUUACGAAACAAUAGUUUGAUGGGUGAAUUGCCUUCCUCUUUGAAGAAUUGCAAGAAUUUAAUUAUGUUGGAUGUGAGUGAGAAUAUGUUGUCUGGUCCAAUACCAUCAUGGGUUGGAGAAAGCAUGCCACAAUUGAUAAUCUUGAUCAUGCGAGGGAAUCACUUCUCUGGAAAUCUUCCCUUUCAUAUAUGUUAUUUGAAGCGAAUUCAAUUGUUGGAUCUUUCAAGGAACAAGUUGUCAGAAGCAAUUCCGGCUUGCUUAAAUAAUUUGACUGCAUUGUCUGGAAAGAGCAUCAACAGAGUUGAAACUGAAAGUCGUGUGCAUUGGUACAAUAGUACUUACUCAGAAAUUUAUAAUUUUUUCAGUGCUAGUUAUUAUACGCUUCACAUAACAUGGACGUGGAAAGGUGUGGAACGCAGCUUCAGACAUCCCGAAUUGAUUCUUCAAAGCAUUGAUCUCUCAUGUAACAAUUUGACAGGUGAAAUGCCAAAAGAGAUUAUGUAUAUGCUCGGGUUAGUUUCUUUGAAUUUGUCAAGAAACAAUUUGAGUGGGGAAAUUCCUUCGGAUAUUGGGAAUUUAAGUUUGCUAGACUCCCUUGACCUAUCAAGAAAUCAUUUGUCUGGAAAAAUUCCUCCAACUCUUUCCAAUAUUGAUCGUCUUUCCGUGUUAGACUUAUCAAACAACCAUCUCAUCGGAAAAAUUCCAUGGGGAAGACAGUUGCAAACCUUUGAUGCCUCUAGUUUUGAAGGAAAUCUUGAUCUUUGUGGGAAACCCCUUCAGAAAAAUUGUCCUGCAGAUGAGACAACGAUAAAGUCUGAAGGCCCAGAAGAGCAUGAUGAAGAUGAUAAUUCGGGUUUCUAUGGAGCAUUAUACAUGAGCUUGGGGGUAGGAUUCUUCACAGGAUUUUGGGGCUUGUUAGGGCCAUUACUACUUUGGCAGCCAUGGAGAAUUGCUUACCUGAGUUUUUUGAAUAGACUCAUAGAUUAUAUAAUCGUAAUGGCUGAAGUGAACACAAGAAAGUGUCAAAGGUGGCUCAAAGAUUAGCAGUAUAUCGAUUUGUUUGGAGACUCUGCAAUGAGAUGAAAGCAUCAGGGAUUGCUGGGAGAGUGAGAUUUGAAGGAUCGAAGUUUGUAAUGUAAAACAUGACAAGUUCUGUUUUAAUGUAAUAACUUGCAAAAUCACUGUUCAACGAAGCUUAAUGA